AUGGGGCCGUGGGGAGGGCUCUGUCCCGCACGGUGCCCGCUGCAGGGGCCGCGUCUCUGUUGUUUGCACAGAGCGUUUCUGGCAGAGGAUUUCCGUGUCUACAGCGAUGGCCAAGGAGGGCUCACAGAGCCGGAACCGGCACACGUGGAGCGGGAUUGCUUCUAUGAAGGCGACAUCAAGGGUUUCCCUAUUUCCCUCGUGGCACUCAGCACCUGCUCCGGCCUGAGCGGGAUCCUGCAGCUCGCCAAUGCCAGCUACGGGAUCAAGCCUCUGGAAGCUGCAGCCCGGAAUCAGCAUCUCUUGUACCCGGUGUGGAAUGAAAACGCAGAGGCUCAGCUGUUGGCAGAGAAGAGUUCCCUUGUCUGGCCCAAGGAGGUGCCACCGGAGCCAGAGGAUGCAGUAGCAGAUAAGGAAGCUGCCAGCAGGCCCCCUCUGUACCUGGAAAUGCACAUCGUUUUGGACAAGGCUCUGUAUGACUACAUGGGAGCAGACAAGGAUGUUGUGGUGGCCAAGAUAGCGCAGCUUUUCAGCUACGUGAACAGUAUGUUUGCUCCCCUCAAUGUGACCGUGGUGCUGUCUUCCCUGGAGUUCUGGGUUGAAAAGAACAGAAUCCCAACCACAGGGGACGCCGAGGAGCUGCUGCAGAGCUUUCUGCAGUGGAAAAAUGAGCAUCGCGUGUCGUGGCUGCAGGAUGCAAUGUUCCUAUUUGUCUACAGGGAGCAGUCCCGUUCUGUGGGUGCAUCUUCUGCAAGGAAGCUGUGCCUCAAACCCCAUGCUGGAGGCGUUGCCUUGUACCGCAGGGCUAUGACACUGGAGGCGUUUGCAGUCGCCGUGGCCCAGCUGCUGGGGCUCAGCUUGGGGAUGGAGCUGGAGGAGCCUGGGAGCUGUCAAUGCGCAGGAGCCGCCUGCAUCAUGCAGCCCAACUCGGUGCACUUGCCUGGUGUGAAAGCCUUCAGCACCUGCAGCAGAAGAGACUUCCAGCGUUUCCUCGCCGCUGGGGAAGGGCAGUGCCUGCUGAAGAAGCCAGCCACGGAUGUAGCCUAUAAAGCUCCCAAAUGCGGGAACAAAGUGGUGGAGCCGGGAGAGGCUUGCGACUGCGGUACAGCAGAGGAAUGCAGGCGUGACCCGUGCUGCACCAUUGGCUGCAAGCUGAGGCGAGGGGUGCAGUGCCUGACGGGACCGUGCUGCCAGAAGUGCCGGUUUAGGAGGCAAGGCGCAGUUUGUAGGCGCAGCUCCGAGGAUGAGUGUGAAUUGAAGGAAUAUUGCAACGGCACCUCUGCGCAGUGCUCGCCAGACCUCUGGGUCAUGGACGGGCAUCCCUGCAGCAGGAACACCGCCUUCUGCUACCGGGGGGUCUGCCAGACGGCCGACAAGCAGUGCCAGAGGAUCUUCGGCUCAGUGGCCAGGAAUGGGCCCUUGGCUUGCUAUGAAGAAAUUAACAGCCAGAUGGACAGAAUGGGGCACUGCGGCUCCAACCAACGCGGUUACCAGCGGUGCGCAUGGAAGGAUCUCCAAUGUGGGAAGCUCGUGUGUGAAUAUUCGAGCUCCAGGCCCUUCACCAAGGAGAAGGCUGCGGUGAUGUACGCUCUGGUGCAGAACAAGCUGUGUGUAACGUUGGACUACAUGAAGCCUCCCACGGAGAGGGACCCCAUGCUGGUGAACGAUGGCACCGUCUGUGGUGACCGCAAGAUCUGCCUGAGCCAGAAGUGCGUGUCUGUCGCUGUCCUCAACUACAGCUGUGGGAUGAAGUGCCACAAUCACGGCGUCUGCAAUAACCUAGGGGCCUGUCAUUGCUACCCAGGCUGGAAACCACCAACCUGCUGGGAGAGAGCAGGGGCAAUGAGCGUGAGUGGCAGCGGUCCCACCGAGCAGGAUGAGGAGAGCGUGGGCUCCAUGAAGAUGUGUCUGUUUCUCAUCUUCUGCUUCUUUCUGCCCAUCACCCUGGCGCUCCUCCUCCUGUUGCUAAAGAGAAGCGGCCCAAGUUGCUGUCGCACCACGGAGGUGUUGGAGGAUGACAACCUCAGGUUUCAGGACUCGGUCCACGGAGAGCAGGGCACGAGGGAUGUUGCAGUGCAGCACGACGGAGGGAGAUGCAUGUGGCAUCAGUCUUGGCAGCCACGUAACCGCAUCCUGGACAGUCACCACUGUAAGCGGGUGUAGUGUGUCCGGUUGUUGUGGUUUUGGUUGUUCAACAAAAGCUGUUCCCAAUCAA